AUCUAUUAGGACGUUAGAGGGGGAUUCUUGUAUGAGAUCGGGGAUGAAUUAUCAGUUGUUCUAACCCAGCAGAGCUUCAGAAUCUGAAGGACUUUGAAAAUAAAGAUUCCUAGGCCCACAUCAACAUCCCCCAGAAUGAGAACUCUCUGGGAGCCUGGGUAACCGCAUUGUGCAUGCCUUCCUGGUCAGUUCUGCUGCUCGCCCGGGUCAGGAAGCUGCCUUGCAUGCAUCUGAGUCAGGGGUUCUCUGCAUCGUGUGUCUCUAGGGCUCUGCACACCCCCUUUCCCUCCUCCCGCUGCCUGUCUCUGCCUGCUAGGCUUCCAGAUCAGGCUGUGCGUGUGCCUGGAGCAUGGCUGGAGGUCUGGUGCUGGGUCAGGCCUGGGUUCUUAUCAGCUGGGUAUUUACUGAGCAAAGUUCAGCCAGAGCUGAACUGUGGUUCCGGGUUUAAUAGGUACCCAGGCUUUCAGGCUUUUGAUCAGAGCCCAGGUCCCUGGGGCCCUUAUCACUGGAUGAUAAUGGACUCCCUGUGUGAGUCCCCAGGGCCAGUGGUACUCACUCUUCUUGGCUGACCCAAGCCUGCCCUUUAAAGGCCUGGGGCCCUAGACUGUGGGCUGUCUGGGUGGGUAGACGGUCACUGCCCAGCCAUGACCGCUGCUGGCUUGCUCUCCCUGGCCAGGAGGUGCCCUGUUCCAGCCCAGUGCUUUGGCCUCCCAGCUUUGAUGACAAAAGGCACAGCGAACCUUCUCACAGCCGCAAGGCUGGACACCCUCUGGUCCCAAGUAUGUGGCUCAGCAUCGGCGACAGCUCCAGAACAAGCCCCAGCCCCGCCCCGGCCGUACCAGGGCGUCCGCGUGAAGGAGCCGGUGAAGGAACUGCUCCGGAGGAAACGUGGCCACGCGAGCAGUGGGGCGGCUGUCACACCUACGGCGGUGGUGCUGCCCCAUCAGCCCCUGGCGACCUACACCACAGUGGGUCCUUCCUGCCUUGACAUGGAGGUCUCUGCUUCCACGGUGACCGAGGAGGGGGCCCUGUGUGCCGGCUGGCUCUCCCAGCCUGCUCCGGCGACCCUCCAACCCCUGGCCCCGUGGACACCCUACACGGAAUACGUGUCGCAUGAAGCUGUCAGCUGCCCCUACUCAGCGGACAUGUACGUGCAGCCCAUGUGCCCGAGCUACACGGUGGUGGGGCCCUCCUCCGUGCUGACCUACGCGUCCCAGCCACUCAUCACCAAUGUCACGACGAGAAGCGCAGCUGCACCCACAGUGGGGCCCCAGCUGGACGGCCCGGAGCACCAGGCACCUCUUACCUAUUUCCCGUGGCCUCAGCCCCUGUCCACGCUGCCCACCUCCACCCUGCAGUACCAGCCUCCGGCCCCAGCCCUGCCCGGGCCCCAGUUCGUACAGCUGCCCAUCUCCAUCCCCGAGCCAGUCCUUCAGGACAUGGAGGACCCCAGGAGAGCCAUGAAUUCCCUGACCAUCGACAAGCUGCUUUUGGAGGAAGAGGAUGGCGACGCCUACGCACUCAACCACACGCUCUCCGUGGAAGGCUUUUAGGGUGUACUCCUGCCUGGAAUCCUGUUUCCUGAUGCUGGUAUUUAAAACAGGAUUUAAAACAGGGAAGAGGAUUCACAUCUGUUUGGAAUGGUCACGUUAUGACAGUACUUGGCACCCCCAACUAGAGUGAGAGACUUUCCCUCCUCCCUCCUUCCCUUCCUUCCUUUCUUCCUUUUCCCUUCCUCUCUCCCUCCAUCCCUCCCUUCUAUCCUUUCUCAUUUCUUUAUCCACUUCUGUUCCUUUUGGAGAAGGAAUUAUAGGGAUUUUAGUGAUGACAUUGAUGCCACUGUUGCAAACCUAUGACCCAGGUGCUUUUUUUUUCUGCCUCAUUUCAUUCACUGGAGCAAGCAGCAGCCUGGCUGAGCUGUCCUCAGGCCUGUGAUGCCCUGCCCUGCCCUCUGUCAUUUUGAGAUGGAUGGGGUGUCUUACCGUCCCUCCACAGGCAGACCCACGCCAGAGUCCUUGAGCUGUCCAUUCCCACAGCUGCUCCUUCAUUUGCUGUUCUCAGGGCCGGCCAGACUUACAGUCUCAGGCAGCAGAGUCUCAAGGCCUGGGGCUCAGGGAGGCAGUGGGGGUGGUGGCCCUGGGAGAAAAGGGAACGUCAGAGUGGGUUGGGGCUGGGUCAAGGGACAGAGGAGGGAGGGGAACGAGGUGUGUGUAUAUGGGGGUGGAGGGCAGGGCUGGGUUGGGUUGAAAGAAGAGGCUGAGGACCCAUUUAGCUCCAGAUUACCGGGUUAUUAAGGAGAAUAAACUCAACAAAAAUAAUGUUUUAAUGGAUGGUUUUGCUGCUCUCCUUGAGGAUACCUGCAAGGAAAGCUGGGCUCCUGUAACCAGGAUGCACAGGUCUGACUGCCUCCUCCUAUGGGCAGACCCCCUGUGGUGCUUGCUGGGUGGGGAGCCAAGACCCACUAAAGCCCAGGGGUGACUGCGUACUCGCUGCCUCACUGUGCUUCUUGUGGGUCUUAAAAAAACUCCAUAAGCCACUGCUAUGUGGAGCCAAGGCCUCCUUCCUAAGCACCGUCCUUCCUGGGGCCUUCUAGAGCCUCAGCUGGAAGAACCGCUAGGUUUCAUUUAGAUUUUUAUUGUUUUGCUGGGGAAAUGCAGAUCUGCAGGUGCUCAGGCACAGGUGUUGUUGGGGGUACAGGGCUGCUGACGGGCGCUGUGCUUUGAGAUCCAGCACGUCCGUCUGCCAAUACCAGUAUGAGUGUCAAGCAAACACGCUAGUUGGUGGAGUCCAUGUCCAAGUGACAAACUUUUCUCAGAAAUGAUGGCUUCAAUGGCACAUUUUCCUUCCCAUCUUCAGUAAAAACUCCAGAAAGUUGCCUUUUAUUGGAUUUUUUUUCCUGAUUUGGGAUUAUUGGGACCCACAUUUCUCAGCAUCUGCCUUUUAAAAUCCUAUUACAAAUAUCUAGAAUUGUUCAUAUUUGGACUUAAUAUUUAGAUUUAAAAAGUUAAAAUUUUCAAUACCAAAUUUACAUCUUUGUUAGUAGUGAUGUUGAGUAGACAAAGAAGAGGAAGCCUCAGGCCCAUUUCGUUUCCUAGAGAAAACACUAUGCAAGAUUUUUCAGCUUAUUAUUUGAGGCUUUGAGAUAACAUAGAAGCAAUCUCCAUGAGGGAGUCUCAGUUGGGACAAACUAGUAUAGAAAUAAAGUACUUUAAGUAUUUGCUAAGAUUUAUAUGAUGAUUUUUUUUUCCUCCUUAGCUUGGCAUACAAGGUCUUGGUUGUAAUAGUCUCUCUAGGUUUCUUUCUGGUUUUUCCUGCUAAGAUGGAAACAUUUUAAUAAAGAUUUGCUCAGACUUUUC